CACAAUCGAACCAGGAACCACGGGACUCUGUAACCACGUGACCCAAAGAAAGAUGGAGCUGGUGCUCCUGCACCUUUCGUCCUCGCCGACCUAACACUCAUCCUUUUCUUGACCAGAAAGAAGCAGGACCCAAAACGCCAAGUGUGAAUAAAGAUAUGGGCCGAGAAACGUAAUCAUUAUUUUCAGAGCUUCAUUAGCUUGUUUUCCAUCUCAUGUCUUCCAUUAUAUCGACGUUUAUCCGUCCACAUCUGCGGAUCUCACUGGGUUGUGAUCGAGUUUAUAGUUAGAAAUCCACUUCUCACUUUAGAUGGGCAGAAACGAUUUCAGCAGGAAAUCCAGGAUUUCAAAAUAAUCGUGUGGAAAAUAUCCGGGUUUAGACUAAAAUGAUAGCUUGUCGACGUGUCUGAGUGGUUCAGCUUCGUUGCACACACCCUUAUUAACACACACACACACACACACACACACACAGAGGACAGCAAAAGCUGCUGAGCUCAAUGUACUAGAUGCCCUUCAGUACUGCACGUUGUCCUGAAACCCGCACGUGGAUUAACCGUGGAUGUGGAACCAGACCUGAAAUAUCUCCUAUAAGAAGAUACAGUGGUAACGCAAAAAAAACAUGGCACCAAAUCCUGUCAUUCAAGCUAUCAUUGAUUUAUCAGCUGGAGCUUGUGGUGGCAUAGCAUGUGUGUUGUGUGGCCAGCCGUUUGAUACUGCGAAGGUGAAGAUGCAGACGUUUCCUGGGAUGUACCGUGGCUUUGUGAACUGCUUUGUGUCCAUCACAAAGCAGGUGGGAUUGCGCGGUCUGUAUCAUGGCACCACUCCAGCUCUGAUGGCCAACAUUGCUGAGAACGCAGUUCUUUUCAUGAGCUACGGUUUCUGCCAGGAUGUUGUGCGUUUAGUGAUCGGACUGGACAGAGGAACGGAACUCAGUGAUGUUCAGAAGGCUUGCUCUGGCUCUGUGGCCUCCAUCUUCUCCUCUCUGGCUUUGUGUCCCACUGAACUAGUGAAGUGUCGUCUGCAGGCUAUGCAUGAAAUGGAGGCAUCAGGCAAGAUCGCUGGUGGACAAAAGAGCACUGUGUGGUCGGUGGUUAGGCAUGUGUUAAAGACAAACGGUCCUCUGGGUUUUUAUCAAGGCCUGUCCACUACCAUAGUACGUGAGAUUCCUGGCUAUUUCUGCUUCUUUGGAGGCUAUGAGCUGAGCCGUUCUGCUUUUGCCCACACUAUGGGCAGGAAUAAAGAGGACAUAGGCAUCAUGCCGCUGAUGUUUAGCGGUGGGUUUGGAGGGGCCCUGCUGUGGUUAGUUGUCUUUCCAAUAGACUGUGUGAAAUCCCGCAUUCAGGUUCUGUCCCUGGCUGGGAAACAGGAAGGAUUUAUAAAGACAUUCCUUGGCAUUGUUCGCAAUGAAGGAGUGCGACCUCUGUACUCAGGUCUAACCCCAACUAUGAUCCGGACAUUCCCUGCUAAUGGUGCACUUUUUCUGGCCUAUGAAUUAAGCCGCAAGUUGAUGGUGAAACAGUUUGAUGUUUGAUGCGUGGGUCCAUAAUUAAUUUUUAAUAUUCUUUGCUACCUGCAGUGGUGCUUCUAUAAUUUUAAAGAAUAUUCCAAAUAAUGUAAAUGCUGCCUAUUAAUUUUUAUUUAUUUGAAUAAUAAAUAUGAGCAGUAGGCAAAUAGGUUCAUAUCUACCCAUCAGACCAUUCACAUUGUCUGAUCUAGGCACAGGAUCAUUUAUCUGCCAGGUUAUGAAAAGUUUUCCUCUAAUAGCAAAAAUUUAUUUUUGUUCCAUAGGGUAUAUUAUUUUGUAACUGUAUUUGUGUGACAAACUAGAUGCCUGUUUUGUCUUCACAGUUCUUUUCAGUGUUUUCAUAUACCCUUCUGUAUGAUUUUAAGAGUACAUUCUGGAGAAAAUAAUAUUUUUGUAUGUAACCACAUUGUUGUUUAAAUGUGUUAAAAUGCAAUGUACACUUUUAAUGGAUUUUUAAGUGUUACACUGUCAAGUUAUAACCUGUUUAGCUCAAAGUGGUGUCAUUAUGUUGCUUUGUUAGACUAUUAGUUAGACUACAGCAAGGGUGUCUUAUUUACCUUUUCUAUCUUCUCAGUUGCUGUGAAUACAAACAUGUUUUAUUGACUUUCUUAAGAAACUUGCCAAAAAUAUCUGGGAUAGUCCACCUCCAGAAAUUGGAUAAGUUUUCUUGUAUAAAUCGUUUUUAUGUUUUUCACUUUUUUUGGCAUCUGGAAUAGAAUGUUAGUCCCCUCAGGUGAAUAAACAAACUUUAGUUUAUAUCUCUAUACCUACAA